GUUGGAAGAGGAGCCUUUGGAGUAGUUUGCAAAGCUAAGUGGAGAGCAAAAGAUGUUGCUAUUAAACAAAUAGAAAGUGAAUCUGAGAGGAAAGCUUUUAUUGUAGAGGGCCCAGCAUAGAGCAGGUAAAUUAUUCAGCCAUAGCUAUGAAGAUGAUGAUGAUGAUGAUGAUGAUGACGACGACGAUGACCAAAAGGUAGCUUCUUCUGGCUUUGAUAACAGCCCAGUGCCAUCUCUAGAACAAUGUCCUAAUAUUUCAUGCUUCGGCAGUUAUCCCGUGUGAACCAUCCUAAUAUUGUAAAACUGUAUGGAGCCUGUUUGAAUCCAGUGUGUCUUGUGAUGGAAUAUGCUGAAGGGGGCUCUUUAUAUAAUGUGCUGCAUGGUGCUGAACCAUUGCCAUACUACACUGCUGCCCAUGCCAUGAGUUGGUGUUUACAGUGUUCCCAAGGAGUGGCUUAUCUUCACAGCAUGCAGCCCAAAGCUCUAAUUCACAGGGACCUGAAACCACCAAACUUGCUGCUGGUUGCAGGGGGGACAGUUUUAAAAAUCUGUGAUUUUGGUACAGCUUGUGACAUUCAGACACACAUGACCAAUAACAAGGGGAGUGCUGCUUGGAUGGCACCUGAAGUUUUUGAAGGUAGCAAUUACAGUGAAAAAUGUGACGUCUUCAGCUGGGGUAUUAUCCUUUGGGAAGUGAUUACACGUCGGAAACCCUUUGAUGAGAUUGGUGGCCCAGCUUUCCGUAUCAUGUGGGCUGUUCAUAACGGUACUCGACCACCACUGAUCAAAAAUUUACCUAAGCCCAUUGAGAGCCUGAUGACUCGCUGUUGGUCUAAAGAUCCUUCUCUACGCCCUUCAAUGGAAGAGAUUGUGAAAAUAAUGACUCACUUGAUGCGGUACUUUCCAGGAGCGGAUGAGCCGUUACAAUACCCUUGUCAGUAUUCAGAUGAAGGACAGAGCAACUCUGCCACUAGUACAGGCUCAUUCAUGGACAUCGCUUCUACAAAUACAAGUAAUAAAAGUGACACUAAUAUGGAGCAAGUUCCUUCCACAAAUGAUACUAUUAAACGCUUAGAAUCAAAGUUAUUGAAAAAUCAGGCAAAGCAACAACAGAGUGAAUCUGGCCGUUUAAGCCUGGGAGCUUCCCGUGGGAGCAGCAUAGAGAGCUUGCCCCCAACCUCUGAGGGCAAGAGGAUGAGUGCUGACAUGUCUGAAAUAGAAGCCAGGAUUGCUGCGACCACAGCCUGUUCCAAGCCUAAACGGGGCCACCGUAAAACUGCUUCAUUUGGCAACAUUCUGGAUGUCCCUGAGGUCGUCAUAUCAGGCAACGGACAGCCAAGACGUAGAUCCAUCCAAGACUUGACUUCUACUGGAACAGAACCUGGUCAGGUGAGCAGUAGGUCAUCCAGUCCUAGCAUCAGAAUGAUCACUACUACCUCAGGACCAACCUCAGAAAAGCCAGCUCGAAGUCAUCCAUGGACCCCUGAUGAUUCCACAGAUACCAAUGGAUCAGAUAACUCCAUCCCAAUGGCUUAUCUUACACUGGAUCACCAACUGCAGCCUCUGGCACCAUGCCCAAACUCCAAAGAAUCUAUGGCAGUGUUUGAACAGCAUUGUAAAAUGGCACAAGAAUAUAUGAAAGUUCAAACAGAAAUUGCAUUGUUAUUACAGAGAAAGCAAGAACUAGUUGCAGAACUGGACCAGGAUGAAAAGGACCAGCAGAAUACAUCUCGUCUGGUACAGGAACAUAAAAAGCUUUUAGAUGAAAACAAAAGCCUUUCUGCUUACUACCAGCAAUGCAAAAAGCAGCUAGAGGUCAUCAGAAGUCAGCAGCAGAAACGACAAGGCACUUCAUGAUUCUCUGGGACUGUUAAAUUUUAAAAUAUGCAAAGAAAGACUUUUUUUUUUAAGGAAAAAAAAAACCUUUAUAAUGACAAUCAUGCGUGUUAGCUUUUUGGCGUGUUCUGAAUGCCAACUGCCUAUAUUUGCUGCAUUUGUUUCAUCUUUUAUUUUCCUUUUCUCAUGGUGGACAUGCGGUUCACCUGUCUCCUUGCAUAACAUGGGGGCAUCUAUAACUUGAAUAAGCAGCAGUUCUCAGCUUCAAAACAGAUGCAUGGACCGUGGCGUAUAUGCGUGCUCUUUGUGUGAAGGCUAGCCUAACAAAAACAGGAGGUAUCAAACUAGCUGCGACGUGCAAACAUCCUUUUUUUUUUUUUUGAGGUGGAACCUCAGGAAUUAUUUUGUUCUUGUAUCUCAUCUCAAAAAAAUUAAUACAUUUUUUUCCCCUAAAGAUGGUAUAUACCAAGUUAAAGACAGGGUAUGGUAAAUCUAGAAUAAUUGGUGGUGCAUUUUAGAAAUGCAGAAGCUUUAGGGAUAGUUCAAAGUGAGGGCUUUGAUGCCAGCAUCCUUGGAUCAGUACUGAACAUAGUUUCAUCUAUAAAAUAUUUAAAGGUAAGUGGUGGCUGCUGUACUUAUUAAAAGCAUAUUUCAUUAGACUAAAAUUUGAGUAUGAUACAUUAAAGUGGAACCCUUUUUAUAAGGUAUAAAGAUUUUUAAUUAUGUGAUGGCAUGUUUGUGUGUUGAAACUGUAAAGCUUUUAUGACUCUAAUAAUAUCUCUUAAAUGAAAUUAAAAGGUAAAUGAACACUAUCCAACUUAAA